GAGGAGGAACUGGAAAUCUGUAACAGCGUCAUCGUUUAAUUGACUGCAAUCAUAGGAGGGACCAACCACGUGGUGUCUGCUACUGGUUUUGUCUUGAAUCCUUGAAAUUAAAAUUGAAGAAAUUGGCUGAUUACAGCGAAGAUUAACAAACCAAAAGACUUUCGAGGGAGAAUAAAUAAAUCAGUGAUCGAUCGGAUUCGCCAUGCUUCUGUGAUAUGGGCGUACGCAGACCUAAAAAUUAGCAAUGAAAGGCGUCUUUUCGGCGCCCGGAGAUUUCAUCCACUUCAAGUCUCAGGUCCCUCUUCACAAAAUCCCUAUUGGCACAAAGCAGUGGCGAUAUUAUGAUUUUGGUCCAAAAGUUGUGCCUCCACUCAUUUGUCUUCCCGGAACAGCUGGAACAGCUGAUGUGUACUAUAAACAGAUCAUGGCAUUGUCCAUGAAGGGUUACCGUGUCAUAUCUGUUGAUAUACCCCGUGUAUGGAAUCACACUGAAUGGGUUCAAGCAUUUGAAAAGUUCUUGGAUGCUAUAGACGUCCACCAUAUACAUCUUUAUGGCACAUCUCUUGGUGGCUUCCUUGCACAACUUUUUGCUCAGCAUCGUCCACGACGAGUUCGGUCAUUAGUUCUAUCGAAUUCCUUUUUGGAGACACGGAGUUUUUCUGCUGCUAUGCCAUGGGCUCCAAUUGUCAGUUGGACCCCUUCUUUUAUGCUGAAGCGGUAUGUCUUAACGGGAAUACGUGAUGGUCCUCAUGAACCAUUUAUUGCAGAUUCAGUGGACUUUGUUGUUUCUCAGGUGGAAACCCUCUCGAGAGAGGAUUUAGCCUCCAGGUUGACAUUGACCACCGAUGAUGCUGCAGUGGGGCCCCUUCUUCUUUCAGAUUCAUUCAUCACUAUAAUGGAUACAAAUGACUACUGUGCUAUUCCUCAACAACUUAAAGAUCAAUUGAGUGAGAGAUAUGCCGAGGCAAGGCGGGCAUACUUGAAAACAGGUGGAGAUUUUCCUUUCCUCUCACGCCCAGAUGAAGUCAACUUACACCUUCAGUUACACUUGAGACGUGUUGGCGUGGAAGCUCGGCCUGACUUGGUUCGCAGCAUUCCAGAAGGGGGACUGGGAGGAAGUCCUAGCAAAGAAAGCGGGGGAGAUCCUGACGAGCCACGUAAGGAUGAUGAGGGAAGCUCAGAAAACCCAUCUGCUGAAAGUAAUCUUCCUUUCCUCUCAGAAAACUUGGAAUCCAAUAAUUUAGACAACCAGCCACGUGAAAAUUCUUCAGAAAAUUGCUACCUGGGUCAUCAAGUUAUGUUGGAUCUCUUUCCUGGUGGAUUCGCGGAAAGAAAGCACACUGUGCCUCCUGAAGUUCUUGGACUUUUCGUUUGGGAAUGCUUUCUUCGUUCUUCCCUUAGUCAUAUUUGUUCACUCGUUCCUGUACAUUAUCUUGAGCCUUUCUUAGGAGUGUAGACAAGUUGUGUAGGAUGCAUGUAUGAUGGAAAUUUUGCAGGAGCAAUGAACGGAGAAAACCGAGUGCCUCAACAAGUUAAGGUUGUGCUUCCUGCCUGCCGAAUUGGAUUCGAGUUCUUUGGGAACCUAACUGUUCAUUGUAGUUGUAAAUUAUUUGAAAUUAGGAGGAUGUGAACUGUAAGCUGCUGUUCGAGCUUCUAUGGUUUCUACUUUCUAUCUUAUAAGAGUAUGAACAUUGUCAUUCUUUUUUAAUUGAAGAGAUGGUGUUACAGACCAA